AUGUUGUUCCUCCCGACUUUUCUCCUUCUCUGGGGGGCGCGUGCGGGCAAGACGCAGCACAACCAGCCAUGUUCUCUCGCGAACCAAACGCUGGAGGCGGGCACGUACCAAUUCAGGUCCGACUGCGACUCGGUCACCUACUGCAACUCGUCCCAGAUAUGUGACCUGAAGGGCUGCAGGAAAGACAUCUUUCCGUUCGGGUACACCACGAGCAGCGACAUACCGCCGAUGUGUAGUAAGGGGACGUUCUGCCCGGACGAACAGGAUCAAUGCUUGCCCGUUUUGGCCGUCGGCAGCCCGUGCCAGUUCAACAGAGACGAUGAGUGCGAGGGGCCGCCUGACUGGGAAGAUCUCGCGGACACGACUGGUUUCGGUCUGAACGUCAACGGUUCGGUGUGUCUAAACAAUGUGUGCCUGUGGGCGAACGUAACCGAGGGGCAGUCCUGUGUAGUACAAAACACAGUCUUCGUCGCGUUCGCAAAGGACAGGCAGGUCGCGAACAUCGUUUCUCGAGGCAACUGCCGACCAGGGCUGUAUUGCGACUCUCAGAGCCUGACAUGCAUGCAAUCAAGAGCCCAAGGUGAAGCGUGUGAUGCCGACAAGGAAUGCUCCACAUAUAUUUGCCUCGCGUCCGGUAUCUGCGGUAACCGUGCAGACGCCGCGAAGGACGUGGGCAAGUGGGUGUACGCCGUCGUGGCCGUCUUCAUCUUCAUAGGUGUCAUCGGGACACUGGUCGGUUUGUACUUUGUGCACAGGAAAGAGCGCGAAGCUGAGCGCAGCAAGCGUUUACAGUACUAUCAGGAACAGAAUGCGUACCGCCAAAACAUCGUACAAUUGCAGGAGAGCGCACGGAACUCGACAAUGUAUCUGGAUAAUGCAGCCAUCCCCAAGGGAGACGAGGAAUAUCAAUCCUCCGCACAGCAGGGGGCGAGCAAGAGCAGCGGGCUUCGUUACCACAUCUCGGACGAUGCGUCUGGCAGCAGCGAGAGCGUGAUCAUCCAACGCGUUCCGGACAGGAGUCUGCCCGGUAUGCAUUGA